UAUAUCAUUUGAUAUAGUUUGAAAGCUUCCUAGGGUACCUGAUUAUAUACAAAACAAUUAUAUUGAAUAUUACCUCAAUCAUUUGUUCUUAAAGGAUAGAAUUUAUAGGUUAGAUUCUUCACAAUAAGCUUUAAAUAACCAAACUAAUACUGACAACAACGGCUGCAAGAUGUUGUUGAGGUUGCGACGCAUAUUUCAUUAUUCGAAACGUGUGGAACUUAGGAACAUCAACAUUAACAAAAAAACAGGUCCAGUUGUAGCGCUUUGCCUUCAAUCUAAUCAUAAACGAAGAGGAUGCUUCCAUUGGCUGCAACCCGGGGUAUUCAACUGUUUCGCUGUUGGAGCCCUAGGUGCCGUCUACUGUCACUCCUUCAUCAACAACACGCAGCACGUUGAAAAGAGAUUCUUCCGCUCUGUCCAGUAUGGCAUCGACGAGGAAGUUGGAAAAUUGCUUUCGAGCAAUCAGAUAGACGUGAAUGCUAGGCAUCAUCUGGGCUGGACCCCCCUGAUGCUUGCUGCAGUUAAUGGUAAGCCUAAUAUCUGCAAAGUGCUGCUAUCCAAAGGAGCUGAUCCUAACUUGGGAGAUAUGUACUGCAAUCCACAGAGGACUGGACAUGAGCAAGGGUUACACUUUUUAGAAGUGUUGAUGUUAAGAGAUGAAGAGUUCUGUAGUAGAUUGAAUAACAAGGCGACGUUCCUGGGCUUUACUGCUCUGCACUAUGCAGUACUUUCUGAUAAUGUGGAGGUGGUGAGAAUCCUUUUGGAGGCCGGAGCUGAUCCCAUGCAGGAAAACGAUUCCGGACACUCUCCGGGAGAUUACGCUAAAGAUGGUAGCGUUGUCAAAGACAUGCUGAAAGAAUAUUCGGCAAAGUUUGAUAUCUUGAAGAAGCAAAAGGAGCUUGAAGAAAGGCGCAGGUUUCCUCUGGAGCAACGCAUCAAACAAUACAUCGUUGGACAAGAGAGCGCAAUCACCACGGUCGCAGCAACGGUGAGGAGGAAGGAGAACGGCUGGUCCGACGAUGAUCAUCCUCUUGUCUUCCUCUUCUUGGGUUCCUCGGGUAUCGGUAAAACGGAGUUGGCCAAGCAGUUAGCCGCAUAUAUUCACAAGAAUAAACAAACAACGUUUAUCCGAUUGGAUAUGUCCGAGUAUCAAGAAAAGCACGAGGUCGCGAAGCUGAUAGGAGCACCGCCUGGCUACAUCGGUCACGACGAGGGCGGCCAACUCACCAAGAAGCUAAAGAAAUGCCCGGAAGCUGUGGUACUCUUCGACGAGGUAGACAAGGCUCACCCAGACGUUCUAACCGUUCUUCUGCAGCUCUUCGAUGAGGGUCGUCUUACAGAUGGUCAGGGUAAGACCAUCGAAUGCAAGGAUGCCAUUUUCAUCAUGACCUCAAAUUUGGCUUCCAACGAAAUCGCGCAACACGCGCUCGAUAUUCGCAAGGAGGUUGAGAUGAUCAAGAAGGAACGCUUCGAAAACACUGAUGAUGUUAGUGAAGUGCAGAUCUCUAGGAAGUUCAAAGAUAAAGUAGUUAAGCCUAUUUUGAAGAAGCACUUCAAGCGCGAUGAGUUUCUAGGCAGAAUUAACGAAAUCGUCUACUUCCUGCCUUUUUCCAGACCAGAACUGUAUCAAUUAGUCGAUAAGGAGUUGCAGAUAUGGGCGAAAAGGGCACAAGAAAAGCACAAGAUCGACCUCAAGUGGGACCGGAGCGUGGAAUCAGCUUUGGCCAAUGGUUACGACGUGAAUUAUGGGGCGCGAUCAAUUAAGUACGAGGUGGAGCGACGAGUUGUCAACCAAUUGGCGCUCGCGCACGAAAGGGGUGUGAUCGGAUGCGAUUGCACGGUCAAGGUAACGGCAGUCUGGCCUGAUAACAGCGAUCAGCCGGAAAUACACCUGAGCGUUAAACGGAAGGGUGUCCGUGAUUACGUGAACAUCGAGCAGACCAAAAGCCCUCUGAAGAACGUUAACUCUUCCUUUUGUUAACUUAACAUUCGCGUUCAUUAAUUACUUAUAUUUGAACGGUGAUGUCGAUACCUAUAUUAUUCUUUGUUCAUAUUAAAUCUUAUGUGUCUACCGCUAUGAGUAAAUAGUUUGUUAUAUACAUUCAUAGAAACAAAUACCCAGAAUAAAAGUCUUAAAAUGUGAAAA